UCCCGCCCUUUCUCUCUCUGCGCGAGUCGUCGUGGAGGAAACGGUCGAGAUUCCGGCGAGGCGUCGGACUUCGAUGCCGCCUCUGCCAGCGUACUGACCUCUCCGGCGUCGUUUGACGGAGUUCUGGCUUCGUCUGACUUGCGAUCGGCGGGCGCCUCCUCGGUGGUUCUUGAGGCGGAAGCGGGGACCGUUGGGCAAUCGGCUUUCGAGGAAGGAACGAGCCGGCGAGCGUGUUCAUGGAUCGCAGGGACUGGGAGGGACGCCUCAGAACGAGGAAGCGCAAGGACGAAGACGACGUUGCCAUACAAAGUAGUGAGCAAUCGAAACAGCCGCCGGUAAAACUUUCAGACCGGAUCAUACAUAAAUUGGCAUCUCCUAUUUCCUGUCGGGAACCAGAAGGUGCUCCCUUGGUUCGAAGAUCCACAAGGCUUCGUGCACAGGUGGAUGGUAAGCCUUUGAAAAAGUUCGAUUACCAUAAGCAGCCGAAGCCUUCAAAACCAUCUCAUUUGGAGGAGGAUGCAUCUCCUAGCUCUAUUUCAGCUUCAGAUAAUUCAAAUUAUUCGGAGUCUGGUCAGGAUGAAUUUUCUCAGGACUUUGAUCUUGAAGCGGCAGCUGCUACUGGUCCAGCUUUCCCCAAAAGGAGGCAGAGUGAAAGAUUAAAAAAUCGUGGUGCUACAGACUAUAGUGCAACAGGAACAACUGCAGUAGGAGUCCCGGAUUCUAAUGCAAGCUUUAACGAGUCUCCUCAUGAGCCAGAAGAUGACGAGCUAUGCUGUUUCACCUGUCAGUCAGGGCUUGCUGCAAAUUUGUUGCUUUUAUGUGAUGGUGAUGGCUGUGAUCUUGCUGUCCAUACAUUUUGUCUUGUUCCUCCCAUGCAAGAUGUCCCUGAAGGUUCCUGGCUUUGCCCUAAUUGCGAAGAAAAUCCUUCACUCACUGAGGACUUCAAAGAGCAGCAUAAAUUUGCAAAGAAGCCAGUUCAAUCAGUUGUUGGUCGGAGAUGGGUUUGUAUAGGGGGUGACAAAAAUGCGAUGCAAGAGCAGUGUUUAAUGAAGUGGCAUUCACUGUCUCAUCAUCUUGAUACUUGGAUACCUGUAGAAUGGCUCUACCAACAAGACCGUGUUCGAUUUCACAACUUCCGACGAAUGUUCCCAAAAGAUGCAGAUACCUUGACCACCACGGAUUUGAGAAAACCUGAAUGGUUCAAAAUUGACAGAGUUAUUGCAUGCCGCAAGAAGUCACAUUCCAAAGAAGUUUGUGAUAUUGUUAAUCUAUGUCAUUGGAGUCAACAAGAUGGUCAAUAUGAAUAUCUUGUGAAAUGGAAGGGCCUUGAAUACAGUGAUGCCACCUGGGAAACUUCUGGCACAGAGGAAUUAUUAGUUGAAUUCAACAAACUUGUACAGAGGCACAGGAAAGCUAAUGAAAUACAUGAUUCACAUUGCGGAAAGCUUCAGAAGUUCCAGCUAACUGAACAGCCAUAUUACCUGACUGGUGGUAUAUUGUUUGAGUAUCAAAUUUUUGGAGUUAAUUGGAUCCUGAGCAAUUUCCAGAUCAGAAGGAAUGUGAUUCUUGCAGAUGAGAUGGGAUUGGGGAAAACCAUUCAAGUUAUUUCAUUUGUGUGCUGCAUGAAGGAAGAGCAUCUGAGCAACUACCCUGUUCUAAUAAUUGCUCCUAAAAGCACUCUUGCACACUGGGAAAAGGAAUUCCAUCGUUGGGCUAAGUUGCUUAACAUCAUCAUAUAUCAGGGAGAGAAAAUGUCAAGACGUUGCAUUCAGAAGCAUGAACUUUAUUCAUCUGUCAAUGGGGUCUUAUUUGAUGCCAUUAUCACAAACUAUGAGCUUGUUCUCUUAGAUGAUUCUUUGUUGAGGAAGUUUAAGUGGUCUGCAAUAAUCAUUGAUGAAGCUCACAAGAUAAAGAACCUUGAUUGCAAGCUCGGAGGUUGCCUUAAGCAGUUGGAUGCUGAAUUUCGGUUGCUUUUGACAGGAACUCCUCUCCAAAAUACAUUGCUAGAGCUUUUUGCGCUACUUCAUUUUCUUGAUCCUGAAGAAUUUUCUGAUCCAAGGGAGAGAGCUGAAUCUUUUUCAACAAUUGGCAUGAAUAUGGGAGAUAGUCAUUCAUUAGGUUCUGACAUGAAAGUUUCACAAAUUCAUGAUCUGCUGCAGCCUCGAAUGCUAAGACGGAUGAAGUCGGAGGUUCUUUUCAGUUCUAUGCCAGCUAAGAAGUGGGUAGAAGUUCCUUGUGCUCUUUCUAGUUCUCAAAGGGAUCUGUAUGUGAACCUAUUGAAGAAGAACUACGAAGAACUGAAUAAGAGAUUGGUUAAUGGAAGAAAGCUUGUUCUGAACUUCCUUCUUAUGGAACUACGGAAAUGUUGUAAUCAUCCUUAUCUCAUUCCAGGUCAGGAACCCUUGAAUUUGUCGAGGGAAGAAGCUCUUUCUGAUCUGGUUACAGCAUCAGGAAAGCUUCAGCUUUUAGAGAAGUUGCUUCCUAAGUUGAAGGCAAGAGGAAAUCGUGUUUUGCUUUUCUCACAAAUGACCAGGAUGCUCGACAUUUUGGAAGAUUUUCUUAUAUUCCUUGGACUCACAUACUUCAGGAUUGAUGGGGAGACCAAUGCUUCUGCUAGGCAACAACAAAUACAAGAAUUCAAUAACCCUGAGUGCGAGGUGUUUAUAUUCUUAAUUUCAACACGUGCAGGUGGACUUGGAAUUGACUUGCCCAGUGCAGAUAGAGUUAUCAUAUAUGAUCCAGAUUUCAAUCCAUUCAUCGACUUGCAAGCACAAUCAAGGGCACAUAGAAUUGGGCAAUCACGUCCUGUGGUGGUCUAUCAGUUGAUAACAAAAUGUUCAGUGGAGGAAAAGAUUUUGGAGAAGUCUAAGAGAAAAUUGGCUAUUGAGAAUCUGGUGAUGAAUCCUAAAACGAAGUUGGAUGUUAAGGAGCUCCAUUCAGUACUGCUUCAUGGGGCGCGGAAAAUCCUAAGCAAGAAGAGCAUGGAAGCUACUUCAUUUGAUUAUGAUGACAAUGCCAUUGAGACUCUCUUUAGCAUGGACCCUAAACCUGGUGAAAAGUAUGUUGCCGAAGAGAAUGGCUAUCUUGGUGGUAUUCAGAGUUUUAUUCCACUUCCUGAGCAGGAACCAAAUUCACCACCAAAGGCAAAUCAAUGGUCGGAACUACUUGCUGAAUGCAAAAGUGAUGCACCGACAAUUGAAGAUUUUGGGAGAGGAAAGCGCCACAAGAGUGCAGUCAAGUACUUUCAAGAGGAUCCAGAACUUAGUGAAGAGCUGAAGGAGGUAUCAGACAAUGACACUGAAGACGAGGAACAGGAAGAAUAUGCACCGGAGGAUGCAGGCGAAAGUGAAUCUUCAAGUGACGACAGUUCUGAUGGCGAUGCGCCAGACCAAGUAGAGGCGACGGGUGAAUGAACUGUUCACCAAUUUUUUUUUUUGUGUACAUCUUAAUGCAUUGUGUAAUUCCCAUCCUAUCUAAAGCCUUUUUGUUAUUUUGCUUGUAAAAAGUUAAUCCUUGCUAACAUGUCCAUUGGUCGAAACAAGUUCCAGCUGAGGAUUGUGAUGGGGAGGGAAGCCCCCACAUUUUGUAAUAUUUUUGUGAUUAAUGGUUAAAGAAGUGAAAAGCGUCUUUAUUA